AUGGGAAAAUUAACCACGUCGGUGAGUCAGACGUCCACUUUGGAGACCAAUGUGGACAUGGAUCCGGAGCCUCAGAAGAACGGCAAACGCCGAGGGAGUGGGCAAUCGUCGGCUCUCGGGUCUGUGAGAUCCAUUACUCAAGCCAUCUCGGUAAUAUUACAACAUAGUACUAUUUUACCAUUCAUUUUUCAUCAUAUCUCUGAUGUGAUCAUCUUUUAGGCAUCCCUUCGUCGUCAUCGAGAAGAGGGUGACUUUACUCUGGGCUGUACCAAAGUUUUCCACACCCGAACCCGCUUCCUCAUCAUGAUCAUGGUACUGUUGUGUUUGGCCAGUGUCUGGUCCAAUAUUCUUGCAUUUAAUUUUGCGGUCAUUUGUUUUGCUGGGGACGGAGAGAAUUCGACGUCCGAUUUGAUGCUUGAUGACUUUGCAUCCAAAGCCACGAUCUUCACAAGCCGCCAAAAGAGUUAUCUGACUUCAGCGGUGGCUGCCAGCGCGUUGGUUGCCAAUUUUGUUAUUGUUAAUCUUGUAAGCAAUCCUUUUCACAGCAUAUUCCAUAAUUUAGACUACUUUGUAACUUUGUAACCUUUAUAAAAUAUAUUUCAGGUCAGUCGUUUUGGAACUCGCACCGUCUUCACAUUUCUUGGCCUCCUUUCUGCCGCCGCUACGGCCGCUCUUCCUUACUGUAUUAUCAAUGGGUUCUAUUACACUUUAGCGGCCCGUAUUGUUCAAGGCAUUGCAUUUGCUUGUAAUUUCCCGGUUAUUGGCGCAUUCACUUUCAAAUGGACCUAUUACAAACAAAACGGGCUGUUCGUCUCCGUAUUGGUGGCUUAUGUUCAACUUUCUCCCGCAUUGACGAUGCCCAUCAGUGGUGCUCUUUGUACGAGUGCUUGGAAAUGGCCAAGUGUCUUCUACUUCCAUGCGGCCUUCUCUACAAUCAUGUUCAUUUUGUUCGGGACUUUCUACAGAAACAGUCCUCGUAAGUUUAUUCAGAUAAGUCAUGAAAAUUAAAGUAAUUUUUAUCAAUUUUUAGUGUUUGACCACUGAUAUAGGACUGAUAACUUGAACGUUUCUUUCCAGGAAAACACCCGUUCGUUGGCCAAGUGGAACUCGGCAAAAUCGCCGUCGGAAAAGCGGAAAUGUCCAAGAAAGAGCAGCGCAACAUCCCCUACAAGGAGAUCCUCUCAACCCCCGCUGUGUGGGCUGUCUGGGUCGCGGCCUUGGGGAACUUUGUAUGUGUCAACAUGAUGUUCCUCUACUCUCCCACCUACAUGAACGCCGUCCUACACUUCCCGGUCCACAGCAGCGGCAUCUCUUCGGCGGUGGCGCCGUUGGCCCAAUUUUGUUUGAAGCUUCUGGCCGGAUUUUCCUCCGACAAAAUCCGAUGCUUAUCCGAAACGAAUAAGCUCAGAACCUACAACUCGAUCGCCUUCUUUGGUGGUGCCAUCUCAUUGACGGCGUUGGCAUUUUUCCCGACAAGCAUACCGACGGCGUGUCUGUUUUUAUUUGGAUUGAGCGCAGGAGCUCUCGGGUUUACGACGGGGGGAUUCUUCAAAGCUGGGCCGUUGGUUUCAAAGCAGUACAGUCAUUUUGUCACCGGAAAUAUUUCAUUGGGUAAGAAGGGGAAAUUUCAAAAAAUAAGACGUUUAACCAGGUCAAGUUCUAUUUUUUGAACUUUCAGUAUUGAUUACAAGUCAGAGAAAUAGUCAGAAAGAGAUUACAGAAUAAGUGCCCUUGUGCAAAGCUCAGAUUUUGACGACACUUGAUACAAAUGAAGAUUAAGCUUUUUCUAAAAAAUAUUUUGUGAUUCCAAAAUCUUUCCAGGCAUUACCAUCACCAUGUUGAUUGUCCCCUUCCUUGUGGAUGGAGUGACCCCAGAAAAUACCCCCGAGCAAUGGCGUAUCGUCUUCCUCACCGUAGCCGGUGUACUUGUUGUCUCCAACCUGAUGUUCUGCAUCAUGUGUUCGGCGGAUCCGGCUCCGUGGACUGGAAAUGACUUCUCCCGAGAGCCCUCGAAACAUCGGCCCCAUACGGUCCAUCCAAUCAAUGUCCCAAGUCUUCAGGCCAAGGUUAACAUUGGCUAA